GUUUGAAAUAUCUUAAAUUAGCUUACUUAAAAAACAUAAAACCUUUCGAGCUGAAUUUUUCCAGCAGUAUGGAAAGUUCCAUGAUUAACGAACUUGAGAUCCGAAAUAUUCACUUGAGGGAGUUUGAUCAGUCUAUGUUUUUAGCUUUCAAGAACGUAAGAAUAAUGCGUGUGACAGACAACAAAAUCCGUUCCACUAAAUUUCAGCAUUCGUUUACAACAAAAAAUUUAUCUUUAGCAUUUAAUCAAAUAAAAGAAUUUCCAACAUUCUGUGUAAAUGGCAGUGCGUUUUUUACAAAUCUGCAACAUUUGCAUUUAGAUGAUAACAGAAUAUGGAAUAUUCCUGCCGAAAAAAUCGCUUGUAUGAAAUCCCUCUCUUUCUUUUCGAUUGACGACAACCCGAUUAUAAAGAUAGAUGGCAACACCUUUUCAACCUUACCAAACCUCCACGUUGUGUCAAUUACAUAUACUGGAAAUACUGUGUUACUGUUGAACGCAUUCGCUUUUAACAGUUCGUCCAUAAAACAACUCUAUCUGGAAGACGACCACUUUAGUGUUGGUGACACAUAUAAGCAUGUACAUUUGAAUGCUUUCAAAUAUUGUAAUCAAUUGGAGAUUUUAAGAUUAGGAUCAAACUACCUAAGUAAUGCUACCGACGACAUGUUUGAUGAAUUAUUUAGUACUUUGGUUAAUUUAAAGUCGUUGUCGCUCUCUGACUGCGAACUUCGUUACCUUCCAAGUUUUAUUCCACAAUAUCUGAAAAAAUUGGAAGUAUUAUACAUUGAUCGUAAUAGCAUUAUUUCCAUACCUGAAACUUAUUUCAAAAACCUGAAUUCCCUUUAUAACGAAGACCUCAGUAGAAACAAAAUAACCAAUAUUAGAAAGAACACAUUUUCAUUAAAAUUCCUUAUAAAUAUGAAAGUGAUUGAUCUUUCUAGAAAUCCAUUUUCUUGUUCCUGUGAACUACUUUGGUUUAUCAAGUUUAUGACAAUGAGCCCCCACAAAAAGUUUGUUCAUUUUCCUGAGGCGUACACAUGCUAUUCGCCAACGAUUUUACAAGGGAAGCAACUCAAACACGUCAAUAUUUCUAAACAUGCAUGCGCUAAAACGAAACAGGUUCGUGUAAUUAUUAUAUCUGUAUCGACAGGAAUUCUUCUCUUGCUUUUAACUAUUUCUGUUGUUUACCGUUAUCGAUGGUACUUACGAUAUAUAAUAUACAUUGCGCGAUUUCAACGCAUGCGCUCACAAAGGCUUUUAAAUGGUGGCGUAAAUUACAAAUACGAUGCAUAUCUAAGUUCUUGUGAUGCAGAUUUUGAUGACGUAAUAUAUGAUAAACUUGUGCCUAUAUUAGAGAAUAACAUGGGUCUGCGACUUUAUAUCCCCCAAAGAGAUGGCCAGGGAAAUAAAAUUGAUCAAAUAAUAUCCAAUAUGGAUGUCAGUCGUAAAGUCAUAUUAUUUAUAUCUGAUAAUUAUGUUGAAGACGGUUAUUGUGAAUUUGAAGCUAGUUUUGCCUAUAAUAAAACUAUCAAUGAAAGACGUGAUUUAAUGAUUGCAGUAGUAUUGAGUGAACUUCGGGCCAAGAACGUAACAAAAACCAAACAUGAAGUACUGGCUGUAAAUAAUUAUAUUAAAUGGGGCUGGGAUGAAGAAAGUGUGGAAUUAUUCUGGUUAAAGAUAACUAUUGUUAUUAAUAACAUGAAUGAUCUAAUACCUUAAAGUCAACAAAGGGAAAGUGUUGUCAGAAAUGAACAUAUCAGAACUCAUAAGGACAUGGCGUCUGAACUUUUAUGUUACGAAAAUACAGUCCACGUGGUGUCAGACAUGAAAAUAUCUGAACCUGUUGUUAUUAUGCAAAUACUUCCCAGGGCUUUUUGACGGGAAUGGCACUAUGUAUAUACUUGUAAAGUAAAUCUAUGUUUAUAUUUAGUGUAGACAUAAUGAUACAUGUAAAUAACAUGAUUCGUGUUUGGGUAUUGAACUGAAGAAUUACUCUUUGAUUUUCCUUCAUAUAUUUUGUUAUUGGAUUGUCUUAACGAAUAUUUAUUUUCGGUAUUAUGUGUAAAUUUUGAUUUGAUAGCCAUUACUAGAUUGUUAUACACUCGCACAUAGUACGGUUGUAUAAUGCAGUUGCGGUGUCCGUCGGUACGUCCAC